AUGGAUUACGAUCAUUUGUCAAGUCUAGCGAACGAACUGUCACAUACCGAUGUUUAUCCAACCGUCCUAAUCGGCGCGCCUGAUUGGUAUUUAUCUCUAAGUCGCGAAGUGCGGUGCGGAAAAAAGAACGACCCUGUUGCCUCAAAAACCUUAUUAGGUUGGGUACUCCAUGGCGCACACUCUUUGUCAUCUAAGCCACUUGAAUUCGUCCAUCACGUCACGGAAGAUUUGGACACACUUAUAAAAUGCCAAUACGACAUCGAUGCAUUGGGUAUCAUAAAAAAGGUUCCACGUCAAAACAGUGAGGAUCAACGGGCUUUAGACAUCAUAGAAUCAACCGCUCGUCAUCUUGACGAUGAUCACUUUGAGGUUGGCCUGCCUUGGAAGGAGGUGCUACCUACAAUUAUACCAGAUAGCUACCCACAGGCACUCUCACGCUUCAAGGCCCUCGAGCGACAGAUGUCAAAGGACCCAGCGUUUGCCGCAGCUUUCCAACAAUUUAUAGACGACAUAAUCAGUAAGGGCUAUGCCGAAGAGUGUGAUUCGAAGACCUACCACCAUCGACCCGCACCAAACGCCUCUUGCGUCAACCCAGAUGGCGCCAUUCGCUGGUACCUGCCUAUCUUUGGCGUCUACCAUCCUCAGAAGAAGAAGCUGAGAGCAGUCCAUGACGCGGCUGCCACAACAAAAGGCGUAAGCCUCAACAGUCUGCUUCUCCAAGGUCCUGACCUAUUGUCUCCCCUACUCGACAUUCUAUUCCGUUUCAGAGAAGGCGCAGUAGCCCUAAAUGGCGACAUCAAGGAGAUGUUCCCCCAGAUUAAAAUCGCCACAAGGGACAGGGACGCCCAACGCUUUCUCUGGCGCGGCAAAGACGGUGAGAUCAAGGAAUACCGCAUGUCAUCAAUGAUUUUCGGCGCGGUUUCGAGUCCUUUCAUUGCCCUUUAUAUCAAAAACAAAAACGCGAUGAUGCACGAAGGUGAUUUCGCUACCGCCUGCAAGGAAAUAAUAGAAGAUCACUAUAUGGACGACUACCUCGGCAGCCACUCUAAUGUUGCCGAUGCAGCUCAACUAGCCGUCGACAUCAUUACAGUGCACAAGAAAUGUGGUUUCGAGAUGCGAGCGUGGACGUCUAACCAUCCAGAGGCACUCUCUCUUGUCCCGAAGGAACUUCGUAGCGACGCAACUUCUGAUGUUUACCUGCCUCCCAGUAGUGACGUCGGCGUCUUGGGCGUUAAAUGGAACCCACGUCAAGAUUUCUUAGGGUUUCGUGGCGUACCUCAGAUACCGACCAGCAUUUUAACAAAACGCAUUCUGCUAUCGAACGUCAUGAAAGUCUAUGACCCUCUUGGCCUACUGAUGCCGGUCGUUAUUUGGGGUCGCAUUUUAAUUCAGAGAUUAUGGCGGGCAGGUGUUGGUUGGGACACAGACUUACCUGAGAUGUACAUAAGCGAAUCUAAGGACUGGUUUGCACAGCUGCAGGUUGCAGCAGAUAUUAAAAUCCCUCGCUGGUACAUGGUCAGGUCAGAUUUGUCGGACGUUCAGCUGCACGUCAUCGCCGACGGUGGCGAACAAGCCUACGCCUGCGUUGCCUAUUGGCGUUUCACUUACAGCGAUGACUCUGUAUCGACAGCCCUCAUCGGUAGCAAGGCCCGAGUUUGUCCCCUGAAACCGGUUUCCAUCCCAAGACUGGAAUUACAAGCGGCGCUCAUUGCGUCGCGUUUUGCGCAGACAAUUCUGCAAGCCCACCAUUUCAAGCCCUCCGCAACCAUUUUCUGGACUGACUCAACCACUGUCCUAAAGUGGAUCCGGAGUGACGCUCGCGCUUUUAAACCUUUCGUAGCACACAGGUUGGGAGAGAUAUUGGAAACCACCAAUCCAUCCGAUUGGAGGUGGAUCCCUACCUUUCUCAACAUCGCUGACGAUGCGACAAAACCAAAACGAACUGACUUUACUGCAUCUCAUCGGUGGUUCACCGGCCCACAGUUCCUUGUUGAACCGUCCUGUACUUGGCCGACCGAACGCGUCACUGACGAGGAAGAGAUCUCACCAGACCCUGAAUUAAAAUCAAAUCUGGUGGUUCUGCUGCUCGACACCCCACACUUGAAUUUGUUACCUGAUCCAACGCGUUUUAGCUCCUGGCUACGUUUACUACGUGCCACGGCCCGUUUUAUUCAGGGCGCACGCCUAUUCCGGCUUAAACUGUCUCGGCCAAUAGAUCCAAAUUCCAAACUUUACAUUGAUAACACCACGUCUCCCCACCAGCUUCACGCGGCAGAUAUAAUAGAAGCAGAGAAGAUGUUGGUCCGUCAUGCACAGAGAGAGAGUUUUCCUGAGGAAAUAUCGAACUUACGAUCUUCGAAGCCAGUGCCCAAGGAGAGUCGGAUUAAGAAACUCGCACCCACACUAGAUGGAGAAGGCCUAAUGCGUCAAAACACGCGCAUAAGUUCCGCACCGGGAGUGAAUGACGAGAUGAAAUCACCCAUGAUCCUCGACGGCCGCCACUACAUUUCACGACUCUUGAUCCUCCACGAACAUAUCAAAGCCGCGCAUCAGUUUAAUGAGCUCAUCCUGAAUGAACUUCGGCAAAGAUAUUCAAUCUUAAGAGCCAGAGGAACCAUCCGUAGCGUAGCAAGCGCCUGCUUGAAGUGCAAGAGAUGGAACAUGAAACCUAUCCAUCCCCAGACCGGCAACUUACCACCAGAACGUCUGGAUCACCAUAAAAGACCAUUCACCCACGUGGGUCUCGAUUACUUUGGCCCGAUCCUGGUAACGCUAUAUCGGCGGAGCGAGAAACGAUACAUUGCCUUAUAUACGUGCCUCACAACCAGAGCGCUUCACCUCGAAGUCGUGAACUCACUCACUGCAGAUAGUGCUAUAAUGAGCCUCAGACGCUUCAUUGCUCGCCGUGGAUCGCCCACCACCAUAUUUUCUGAUAACGGGACUAACUUUGUUGGCUCUUCCCGCGAACUGCGCACCCUACACGACAAUUCAGUCAUAAAUUACGCCACUAACCAUAAAAUUGACUGGCGUUUUAUACCACCUGCAUCCCCGUUUAUGGGCGGCGCCUGGGAGCGGCUUGUGCGGACAGUGAAAGCAGCCCUCAGAUCCUGCCUAACAAAUCGAUCAUUGAAGGAAGAGGUCCUGUCAACGCUCCUACUCGAGGCUGAAUCAAUAGUGAAUUCAAGGCCACUAACAUACGUCCCGUCUUCCCCAGAUGCACCAGAGGCAAUAACACCUUUUCAUUUCAUCCUGGGCUCCUCAUCAGUAGUACCAUGGACUACGUCGCUGACAGACGCAGAUCUAUCCCGACGAUGUGACUGGCGGAGAACCCUGCGCCUAGCAGAUCAGUUUUGGGCACGUUGGCUACGCGAGUAUUUACCGACGCUUCGACCGAGGGGACCCAACAACAACGCGUUAAAUCUUAGCGAGGGUGAUGUGGUGUUGAUCGCCGACCCUACCCUUCCUCGUGGUUUGUGGCCACUAGGAAGGAUAGCAAAGGUCUACUUAGGACCCGACGGAGCGGUCCGCGUGGCAGACGUCCACACCAAAGGAGGCAUGCUACGCAGACCGGCCCGGAAACUUAUUCUGAUGGAGGCCGCACCUCGGCCAGUAGCCACCAGUGAUUAG